AGCGUGAACUUGGCCCUACACAGGCCCCCCCGAGAUGAGCGCGGGGCUCCCCAGACUGGAGCUACACUCCGAGACAAGCUGACCUCUACUCACCCGCCUCGGACUGCGGGAGGGGCCGCGGCGUCCACGCCUUCGGAGGAGCGGGAGCCGCAGGAUGCGCGGGGACGCGCCGCCGCCCUCCGCACCCAGUUCCGCAGGCGCUUCCCCGGCUGCUCCCGGGCGCUGAUCUCCCGCUUCCCCUCCCUCCUGACCUCCCCCCGCGCGGCCCUGGACCGGCCGGGAGCUGCUCCUGCCCCCUCGCCGCGGCGCGGACGGUAAAUUAAUGCCUCGCGUUUGAGGGGAGGGGGCGGCUCAGCGCCUGGGUCGCAGCUUUCUCGCCUGGCUGGAGACGGGCCACUGCCGACAUGGGCUGUUUCUGCGCUGUUCCGGAAGAAUUUUACUGCGAAGUUUUGCUCCUGGAUGAGUCCAAGUUAACCCUCACCACCCAGCAGCAGGGCAUCAAGAAGUCAACGAAAGGUUCUGUCGUCCUUGACCACGUAUUCCGUCACAUAAACCUGGUGGAGAUCGAUUAUUUCGGGCUGCGUUACUGUGACAGAAGCCAUCAGACAUAUUGGCUGGAUCCUGCAAAAACCCUUGCUGAACACAAGGAACUGAUCAACACUGGACCUCCAUAUACUUUGUAUUUUGGUAUUAAAUUCUAUGCUGAAGAUCCAUGUAAGCUUAAAGAAGAAAUCACCAGAUACCAGUUUUUCUUGCAGGUGAAGCAAGAUGUCCUUCAGGGCCGGCUGCCCUGCCCCGCCAACACUGCUGCUCAGCUGGGAGCCUAUGCCAUCCAGUCUGAACUUGGAGAUUAUGACCCAUAUAAGCAUAUUGCAGGGUAUGUGUCAGAAUACCGGUUUGUUCCUGAUCAGAAGGAAGAACUUGAGGAAGCCAUAGAAAGAAUUCAUAAAACUCUAAUGGGUCAGGCUCCUUCGGAAGCGGAGCUGAAUUACUUGAGGACUGCAAAGGCCCUGGAGAUGUACGGCGUUGACCUCCAUCCCGUCUAUGGAGAAAACAAAUCUGAGUAUUUCUUAGGAUUAACUCCAGUUGGUGUUGUUGUCUACAAAAAUAAAAAGCAAGUGGGGAAGUAUUUCUGGCCUCGGAUCACAAAGGUUCACUUCAAGGAGACACAGUUUGAACUCAGAGUACUGGGAAAAGAUUGCAAUGAAACCUCAUUCUUUUUUGAAGCUCGAAGUAAAACUGCUUGUAAGCAUCUUUGGAAGUGCAGCGUAGAACAUCAUACAUUUUUUAGAAUGCCAGAGAAUGAAUCAAAUUCAUUGUCAAGAAAACUCAGCAAAUUUGGAUCCAUGAGUUAUAAGCACCGGUAUAGUGGCAGGACAGCGUUGCAAAUGAAUCGAGAUCUUUCUAUUCAACUUCCGCGGCCAGAUCAGAAUGUGGCCAGAAGCCGGAGCAAGACUUACCCUAAGAGAACAGCACAGACACAGCCAGCUGGAUCCAACAGCAUAAAUCGGGUAACUGCAAACAUGGAAAAUGGAGAAAAUGAAGGAACAACUAAAAUUAUGGCACCUUCACCAAUAAAAAGCUUUAAGAAAGCAAAGAAUGAAAACAGCCCUGAUACCCAAAGAAGCAAACCUCAUGCGCCGUGGGAAGAAAACGGCCCCCAGAGUGGACUCUACAACUCUCCCAAUGACCGCACCAAGUCCCCGAAGUUUCCCUGCGCGCGCCGCCGAAACCCCUCCUGUGGGAGCGACAACGACUCUGUACAGCCAGCGAGGAGAAGGAAAGCCCAUAAUAGUGGUGAAGACUCAGAUCUAAAGCAAAGGAGGAGGUCACGCUCACGCUGUAACACAAGCAGCGGUAGUGAAUCAGAAAAUUCUAACAGAGAACAUCGGAAAAAGAGAAACAGAAUACGGCAGGAGAACGAUCUGGUUGACUCAGCGCCUCAGUGGGAAGCUGUAUUAAGGAGACAAAAGGAGAAAAGCCAGGCGGACCCCAGCAACAGACGAUCCAGACACAGAUCUCGCUCGAGAAGCCCUGAUAUCCAAGCAAAAGAAGAGUUAUGGAAGCAUAUUCAGAAGGAACUUGUGGAUCCGUCUGGAUUGUCAGAAGAACAAUUAAAAGAGAUUCCAUACACUAAAAUUGAGACUCAAGGUGACCCGAUCCGCAUCCGACACUCUCACUCGCCCCGAAGUUACCGCCAGUAUCGAAGGUCCCAGUGUUCAGAUGGAGAGCGAUCGGUUCUGUCGGAAGUGAAUUCGAAAACGGACCUCGUCCCCCCGCUGCCCGUGACCCGCUCUUCAGAUGCCCAGGGUUCUGGCGGCCCCACAGUGCGUCAGAAAAGAAAUGGAUCUAAAGAUAGCCUGAUUGAAGAAAAAUCUCAGACAUCUACAAGCAGUCUGGCUGGAAAACAUAUAGCAAAAACAAUAAAAACUAUCCAAGCUUCACGCCUCAAGAUGGAGACUUGAUCCCAGUGGAAGACUUGGGAUGAGGGGUUGGGAGGGGUGGGAAGGGUGUGUGUGCCCCCUUUUACUUUGAAACUGUGAAUUGUAAUUAUUUAAGUAUCUUGGACCUGCAAGUGUUUCUUCAGAAGAAAGUGUUGCUUCUUUUCAAGGUUUAACUACAGUAUAUUUGUGCUGAAGGACCUUUUUAUUUGGUAACUGGAAGGAUAGUCGUCUUGUAAAAACUCAUUCACUGGAUGCCAUAUCCACAACCCAGACCAGAUGCUUCUGGUCAAAGUUCUGGAAUCCUGGCCUGCAGCUGGCUAGCUGUGCAAUAGUACAAGUGGGAUGAAAAGUUCUUCCCAACUCUAGGUGGGCCUCAGCCUGUGCAGAUGCAUGACUGAGGUCCCAUCUCUUUCAGACUGUGGAUAUUUUUAUUCAUAUAAAUGUUCUUUGUACUGCUGUAUUUUAUGGCAUUAAGUUCCACUGGUUAUUUACAAAUGUAAAGUUUUGUUUGAAAGCAUUUUUAAUUUGUAGUGUCCUUGUCUUGUUUUAAGAAAAAAGCUGUAUGUGGAUAUCAGCCUAUAAAUUCAUGACCACCCUCAGCAUCCAGUGGUCCCUCCAUUC